AUGAGUUCACCUUGGCCGUUUGUAGCUUGGGGCAUGGAUGUCAUUGGUCCAAUAGAGCCAGCCGCUUCUAACAGACACAGAUUCAUUUUGGUAGCCAUUGACCAAUUUACCAAGUGGGUAGAAGAAGCUUCGUAUAAAUCGGUGACCAAGAAAGUAGUAGCUGCUUUCGUUCGCAAUAAUUUGAUAUAUUACUCACUGGAACUCAACCACCUACCGUCCCCAAAUAAUGGGGCCGUAGAAGCCGCCAACAAGAACAUCAAGAAGAUUUUGAGGAAAAUGAUUGACAAUCACCGAGGUUGGCAUGAGAUGUUGCCAUAUGCUUUGUUGGGUUACAGAAAAACUGUCAGAACAUCAAUUAGGGCAACUCCGUAUUUGUUAGUAUAUGGAACAGAAGCAGAUAUACCUGCCGAGGUUGAGAUACCUUCAUUGAGGAUAAUCCAAGAAGAUGAAUUGAGUGAUGCCGAUUGA